UACCAGCCCCUCCCCGUCGCCCCCGCGUUCCCCCAAAUCCUCAUCCGAUUCCAAGCCGCAAAACCUCCCCAAUCGGCCUCCGGCGCUCCCAGGUACGCCACGAUCCGUCCUCAGGCCGCUCCGUAUAUCUCCGGGUUCCUGCUCAGGCCGGCCGCGCCGUCCGGAUCUGGGGAGGAAACUCGGCGGAUUUGACUUCUAGGGUUUCUCCGCUCUCGGCGCGCCCGGCGGGUCCAUGAAUCCCAUGGGAUACAACCAGUAUGACAGCAGCGGGACGGACGAUGAUCUCGCCCCGUCGCAAAAUAGAGGAAUGCGAGGCCGAUCUUUCAGUGGGAAUGGGAGAGCAUCUGCUGGACCAUUUCCUUAUGCAAGGACACACAAUGAUUUGGAGAGCGAAGUGCAUCUGGUUGAGCAGGAGGCCUACACUGGCGUUCUUAGAGCAUUCAAAGUGCAAUCUGAUGCAUUAUCUUGGGAUAAAGAAAGCCUGAUUUCUGAACUCAGGAAAGAACUGAGAGUUUCUGAUGAGGAACAUAGGGAUCUGUUAAACAAGGUGAAUGAAGACGGAGCCAUUCGUAGAAUGAGGGAGCUGAGACAGGGAGGUGGAACCCCGAGUGGGCUGCACCGUGGCGGCAGAGUUUUUCAUGACGGAGAACCUGGGCCAGCUGCCAAGAGGCCACGACCAUCUCAUUUAAUUCCUUCGCAUUCUUCAGGCCUCCAGUCCCCUAAUAUGUCUUCACACUCAGUUCCCUCUUCUGCAAAGUGGGGACUGGCUUCAGCAUCAAAGGGCAAAAGGGCUAAGUCGACCACGCCACUGGCAUUACCAUCCGUGGAUCCAACUUCAUUGAUUAAACGGAAAGUUUUUACAAGAUGGCCAGAUGACAACAACUUCUAUGAGGCCACUAUAACCCGUUACAAUCCUGCUACGGGUGAGCAUGCUCUUGUUUAUGACAUGGGCAAAUCAACGGAGACAUGGGAGUUAGUCAGGCUUUGUGAUAUGGCACCUGAAGAUAUAAGAUGGGAACAUGAUGAUGUAUGGGGUCCUUCUGGUCCUAUGUUACAGAGAAACCAUAGCAACAAUGGUACAGGGGCAAUGGCAGGCAGGGGCAGAGGGAGGCUGUCUCAACCGCCAAAUGGCAUCAGCAGGAACAUUGGUCAAAUUGAUGUGCCUAACACUCAAAGUAUAGUGAUAGAGGUGGAGAGGGUAUUGUCAAAUCCAAAUGUACGUGAGAUUGAAAAGGCAAAGAAACUGCUCACUGACCAGGAGCAGUCAUUACUCGAUGCAAUUGCCAGUCUUGACGAGGCAUCAGAUGGUGAAAGUGAGGAUAUGGCCACGGAAGCCCGAAUGGGUCCUGCUGGUGAUCACAUGGGUGGGAACGGCAUUGCCUGUUAGUCGUUACUAGCAGUACCGGAAGAUUAGUAGGACUUUUUUUUGGACCACCUUCCUGAAUCACUGGACAAAGAAGCCAUGUGAUGAAAAACUGGACUGCCAAGAGCCGACGAGCUGUUGCUCCAUGAGAUGAAUAGAUUUGGCAGCUCAAAAGUCAGACCUGGGAAUGGCGGAUAGGAUGGGGAAACUUUUGUGGUGCCUCUCCUUGAAGUGAUCAUGUUGGUGGUAUUUCCUCUAGUGAACUAGAAGUGACGCUGAUCUUCUAGACAUUGUUAGUAACAUAACUUGGCUGAAGAUUAUUGUGCUGAGGGCAGAGAGCUGAGUAAACCCUCUGGCCGCAAUGUAUGUGCACUGAGUUUUGCAGUGGGCAUAAUCUGUACUGUAAUGUACAAAAUACUGGACGCUUUCUCCUAGCUUUUAGCAAUGUAUUUGGAACAAUAAGUAUUUAGCAAAAACUGUGGACUACCAACUGGUGCCU